UUUACAUUGUGAUUUAUAUUCUGUGAAAUUAUUGACAGCAUGUUUGUGCAAAAGAAAAAAUUAGUGGAACAUGUUUUGGCAAUGCGUGCGAAUGCAGGCAGUGCCAGUGAGGACGAAGAAGAGGAGGAGGACGAAGGAGACAUUUUACAGCGUCGGCGCGAAGAAUGCGAACGCAAAGCUCGCCGCGGGGAAAUGGAUCCCCGGUUGGAGUUCACCUUCCAACUGCUGAUCGAUGCGACGCAGCUGCCGCGGCAUCAGCUCAUGGAUUAUAUAUUCGAAGGGGAUAUGCUCGAUGAGAUCAAUCAGCUCUUUUUGCCGAAUAUGAAGAACAAGUUACUCUGGUUCUAUCAAGAGGUGGAUGAGCCGGAGCCGCAGCCCGUGGUGGAUGCCAAUAAGCCGGGACCGUCACGUACGGGCAUGGCAUCGAGUAGCUCAAAGACGCCACAGGGUGGCGCCUCGCCCAGCGGAUUGCCUCCGCCCAAGCAGAAGAAACUAUUUCUAACUGAUGGCUGGACCUGCGCCUUUACUGGAGUCUGUAUUUAUAUCUUUCGCGUGAAUACGUCUAAGCAGCUGCCAGAGGAGGGAUUUCAAAAGGAUUUAUACUGUGGCGUCAUCGAUGCCAAGAAUAUUGGCCUGGUCACCUCCAUCGAGCGCAUUGUGGAGUUUGUGUUUAUGCAGGCUUUGGCCUUCCCCAGCCUUGAGGGCGAUGAGGAGGAUGUGAGCUGCGGACUUAUCAAGGGCCAGCUGUUGCCGGGUUUGCGAUCCUUCUGCAGCGCGUUGCGUGUCUGCGAGCAGGUCUGUGAUCAUUAUAACGUAUUUGCCGACGGUUGCGACAUGUUCGAUGGCUGCGUUGUGGUCGAUGAGGUGAAGGACAUGGCCAAGAAUCAGGAGUUUUGCGCACAGCUGGAGGAGCGUGUGAACAACUGGUCAAAGGGCAUACUCAAGAUUCUGGGCGAGAGCGAGCAGCUGCGCAAGGAAAACGAUCACAGUGGACCCCAGGACGAACUGGAGUACUGGAAGAAGCGAGGCGCUCAAUUCUCCCAGCUGCUGGCUCACCUGCAGGACAAGGAAGUGCAGUUCACACUCCACUGUCUCUUCCUAGCCGGCUCGAGGAUUAUGCGCCAGUGGAAGGAAACCGAUCGCAAAAUAACCUUCUGCUACAACGAGGCGCGUGACAAUUCCAAGUUCAUCCAGGCCAUGGAAACGUGUUGCCAUUCGCUAUAUCUGGACGAUCCGGUCAGCAUGAAGGAGUCCAUAUUGAGUCUCUUGCAGACGGUGCGAUUGAUCUACAGUGUCUCCCAAUUUUACAACACCUCCGAACGGACUUCGGCUCUGAUGGUUAAGAUAACAAAUCAAAUGAUUGAGACAUGCAAGUCUUACAUCACUUGUCGCUGCAAGGAAACAAUUUGGUCUCAAGAUCGAACUCUUAUACGCACCAAAUUGAGCAACUGCAUCAAACUGAAUCAUAUUUACCAUGAGACCUAUUAUACAGUCAGAGAGCAGCCAUUUUUGCCGCAUCAAACUCCAUUUGGAUUCUCCGAAAACUUUGUAUUUGGCAAAUUCGACACGUUCUGCGAGCGUCUGUCGAAAAUUAUAAAUAUGUUUAAUCUAAUUGACGAUUAUAAUCAUUUGUUUGAGCGCCGUUUGGAGGGUCUGCUGCUAGGCGAGGCCUUGGAGGAUGCCUCCAAUCACUUCGAGGAGGCCAAAAAGGAAAUCACAUCCAAGAAGUACGAUUACCUGGACCACCGCAAUGCAGAUUUCAAUGACGACUUCGAUCGAUUCAUGAGCAAAACGGAUUCGCUCAAGGAUACGAUUGCCACACUGAUCGAGCGAGACUUUGACACGGUGUGGGAGACGCCUCAGUGCAUUCGCUUUCUGGUGCGCUUCGAGAAGGUCAGCGAGAAGAUACCGCUGACCCGCAUGGACGAGAAAUACACUCGCAUACUGCGCUAUGUUGAGAAAGAGGUGGACCGCAUACUGAAGACCUUUCGCCGGCAGCGCGAUGAUCCGCCUCUGGCUCGCAAUUUUCCGCCCAUAGCUGGGCGAAUCCACUGGUGUCGCGCCUUGCGCUUGCAUCUAUCGGAGCUGAUGGAUGCCGUCAUGGAUCAUGGAGUGCUCAGUACGCUGCCCCUGGCCAGAGAUCUAGAUGUGCGCUUCAACAAUGUGAUGGGCGUCUUGCAGGAGUAUGAGGAUGAAAUAGUCUCCAUUUGGCUGGAUCAGGACAUAAGUGUGGCCGAUGCCUGCCUGCUGCAGCCGCUGCUCUGUCUGCAGGGCGAUCGACUGUUUGUCAACUUGCAUCCCACAAUUCCUCUGCUGAUUCGCGAGGCCAAGAUGCUGGCCAAGCUGAAAAUCGAGCUGCCCAUUGUGGCUGCCACGCUGAUGAGUCGCCAUCAGUAUUUCAUCACCAUACAGGACUCGCUGAAUAGCCUUAUCAAAAUGUUUUUGUCCACGGUCAAGGCUGUCAAGCUGGAGGUGCGUCCCUUGUUCCUGCCCCAGCUGGUGCGUCUGACGGCCAUGCUGAAGCCGGGUCUGCACACCAUCAAUUGGACCAACCAGAACUGGACUCAAUUCUAUGACCGCUGCAAGCAGGCCAUUGAGACCUUCGAAGUGUUGGUGGCGCGCGUGCACGACAUCUACUCGAAUCGCAUACUCAACGUGCUCAUGUGGAUGCAGGAGGUGUCGCUGCAGAUAUUGCCAGCAGACGAUGAAAUCUGGACAGUUGAUGAAUUUCUGGAGCGCAGCGAGGAGGCAUGCAGAAAAGCUGCCAUCGAGCUCAAUCGGAAAAGUCAGAUGGUCUCGGAGGCAGUGGAGGAAGUUCUCAGUUUGGUGGACAAGGCAACGGAGACGUUUAAGGAGAUUGCUGGCGAUGAUGUGGUUACCUUGUUCGACGCCACGCCCAAGGGCGACCAGUCCGCAUCGGGUGGACGCAAGGCAGAGGAAGGCGGUGCAGCUGGAGCUUCAACGGCGAAUGCAUCGGGUGGAGCUACAUCGGGUGGAGGGGCUGGCGGUCAACAGCAGGACUGGAGCAUUUUGUGGUCCUGUUUUGAGAAUCCACUGACGCUGCUCUCCACCACAGACAGUCUGCCCAAGGGCAUGCAGGACAUGGUCUGCAAUGCUGUCGUCGAGAUGCGCCGCUAUUACAGCCGCAAGGUCAUCGAUGUGCUGAUCAAGGUGAUUCGCGCGGCCCUGGACACACUGCGGCGUCGGUUCAUCGCCGAUGAGAAUGAGACGGCAUUGAAGAAGCCGAUAUUUGCAUUGCACGCGCAGCUGCAGAUACCCAAUGUGGUGAUCAAACCGAGUCUGGACGAGCUGCAGGACAUUUUGGUGACGGCUGGCAAGAAUAUCACGGGCAUUGCGAAGGGUGUGGCGCAGUGGACCAGCGGCAAGGAUCCGCCGGUUCGUACCACACCGUUAAAUAGCUUCGCAAUGUUCUCAAAAAUCUUGUCUUACCAACCGCAGCAAGUUUCGAUGACGGUGCAGCCGCGCGUCGGACGCAAUCACACGGAUGCCGCUGGUGGCUCCAAGAAUCGACGCCGCAAGAUCUACUGCCUGGCCUCCGAGGAGCGACCCCAGAUGCCGUACAUGCUCAAGAGCUUCUACUCGGCUAUCAUGGACAACAAAGAGGUGGCUAAGGCGCUCAAUCAGCUCUCCAGCUGCACCAAGAACAUCAAACCCGAGAUUCAAACCUACAUCAAACGCUGGAAGCCGUAUCACUUCCUAUGGAAGAACGAUCGCACCACACGCCAGCUGAUGGAGUUUGGACUGCAACAGUUCGAGUCCACAUUGCGCUGCCUGGCGGAGCUGGAUGCGAACCUUCUAAUUGAGCCGGACAUGGAGGUCUUCGGGCAGUGCGUAGCGGUCUAUAAUGAGAGGCUCAAGUAUGGUUUGGCCAUUGAGAUCAAGUCCUGCAACCAUAAAAUUGGGCAAGCCAUGAAGAAGAAAUAUAAGAAGGAAAUGGACUAUGUGUAUGCAGUGAUCAAUGAGAUGGAUCGUAAACUGGACCGGCCCAUACGUGACCUGGACGAUGUGCGCAUGAUAAUGGAGACACUGAGUAAGAUACGCGAACAGGAGGUGGACAUGGAGCUGCGCAUAGAUCCCAUUGAGGAAGCCUUCAAUGUGCUCACCCGCUAUGAGGUGCAGGUAGAACGGGAACAAUUCGAUUUGGUGGACAAUUUGCGGACAACAUUUCAGAAUUUACUCUCUGCGGCGCUGCAGGCGCAGGUGAAACUCUUGGAAAUGCAGCCGGCGUUCCAGGGUGACUUGCGCAGCAAUCUAGACAACUUUAAGCAGGAUAAGAUUGCCUAUGUGACGGAAUAUCGCACAGCGGGACCCAUGCAGGCGGGUCUAACGCCGCGCGAGGCUUCCGACCGUCUGAUACUGUUCCAGAAUCGUUUCGAGGGCAUGUGGCGCCGCCUGCAGACGUACCAAAGCGGCGAGGAACUCUUCGGUCUGCCACAAACCGAUUAUCCAGAGCUGGGCCAGAUACGCAAGGAGCUCAAUUUGCUGCAGAAACUCUACAAGCUAUACAAUGAUGUGAUUGAUAGGGUUAGCAGCUACUACGACAUACCGUGGAACGAGGUCGACAUUGAAGAGAUUAACAAUGAGCUAAUGGAGUUCCAGAACCGUUGUCGCAAGCUACCCAAGGGCUUAAAGGAAUGGCCCGCCUUCCAUGCUCUGAAGAAGACCAUCGACGAUUUCAAUGACAUGUGUCCACUAUUGGAGUUGAUGGCGAAUAAAGCCAUGAAGCCACGCCAUUGGCAACGGAUCAUGGAUGUUACUCGCUACAUCUUCGAGUUCGACUCGGAGGGUUUCUCGCUUAAGAACAUACUGGAGGCGCCGCUGCUCAAGCACAAGGAGGACAUCGAGGAUAUUUGCAUCAGCGCCAUGAAGGAGAAGGACAUUGAGGCCAAGCUCAAGCAGGUGACCAACGAGUGGUCUGUGCACGAGCUCCAAUUCAUGAGCUUCAACAAUCGCGGCGAGCUGCUGCUGCGCGGUGACACAACAGCCGAGACCAUUGGCCAGCUGGAGGAUAGUCUAAUGGUGCUCGGCUCAUUGCUAUCGAAUCGCUAUAAUGCGCCCUUUCGCAAACAAAUCCAGCAAUGGGUCUACGAUCUGUCCAAUUCCAAUGAAAUACUGGAACGCUGGCUGCUUGUACAGAACAUGUGGGUCUACCUCGAGGCGGUCUUCGUGGGCGGCGACAUAGCCAAGCAGCUGCCCAAGGAGGCGAAGCGCUUCUCCAAAAUCGACAAGUCCUGGCAGAAGAUAAUGCAGCGCGCUCACGAGACUCCAGGCGUGGUGGCCUGCUGCGUGGGCGAUGAUCUGCUCAAGCAGCUGUUGCCACAUCUUCAGGAGCAGCUAGAAAUAUGUCAGAAAUCCCUGAGCGGUUAUUUAGAACGCAAGCGGAUUAUGUUUCCGCGUUUCUUCUUCGUCUCGGACCCAGCUCUGCUCGAGAUACUUGGCCAGGGCUCCGAUUCGCAUACCAUUCAGAAUCACUUGCUAAACAUCUUCGAUAACACCAAAUGCGUCAAGUUCCAUGACGUAGAGUACAACAAGAUGAUGGCGAUCAUUAGUAGCGAGGGCGAGAUGAUACAGCUGGAUCGAGCCAUACGAGCCGAGGGCUCGGUCGAGACAUGGCUAACUCAAUUGCUGGUCACAGCACAGCAGUCACUGCAUUCCAUCAUACGCACAGCCUAUGCGACAAUAAACGACCCGAAUUUCACGUUGUUGAGCUUCUUAGAGAAGGUGCCGGCACAGAUUGGUUUAUUGGGCAUACAAAUGAUUUGGACGCGCGAUGCAGAAAUGGCUCUGAUGCAGGCCAGGCAUGAGAGGAAGGUCAUGUCCGAGACGAACAACAAAUUCCUUGAGAUGCUCAACACGCUCAUCGAUCAGACGACUCGCAAUCUGUCCAAGCGCGAGAGAACCAAUUUCGAAACCUUGAUUACCAUCCAUGUGCAUCAGCGGGAUAUUUUUGAUAUACUGUGUCGCAUGAACAUCAAAUCCUCAAAUGACUUCGAGUGGCUAAAGCAAUGCCGCUUUUACUUUAAAGAGGACUUGGACAAGACCUGGAUAUCUGUCACAGAUGUCACAUUCACCUACCAGAACGAAUACCUGGGUUGCACAGAUCGGCUAGUGAUAACGCCCCUGACAGAUCGUUGCUACAUUACCUUAGCCCAGGCGCUGACACUCAGCAUGGGCGGAGCGCCGUGUGGUCCGGCGGGCACGGGCAAAACGGAAACUGUGAAGGAUAUGGGCAAGACGCUGGCCAAGUAUGUUGUCGUUUUUAAUUGUUCCGAUCAAAUGGAUUACAGGGGCCUGGGUCGUAUCUACAAAGGUCUGGCACAGUCCGGCAGCUGGGGCUGUUUCGACGAAUUCAAUCGCAUCGAGCUGCCCGUGCUGUCCGUGGCGGCCCAACAGGUGGCCGUUGUCCUUACCGCCAAGAAGGAGAAAAAGAAGACUUUCCUCUUCACAGACGGCGACACCAUCGAAAUGAAUCCCGAGUUCGGCAUCUUCAUAACCAUGAAUCCUGGAUAUGCUGGUCGCAAGGAGCUGCCGGAGAACUUGAAAAUUCAAUUUCGCACGGUGGCCAUGAUGGUGCCUGAUAGACAGAUAAUCAUAAGAGUGAAAUUGGCUAGUUGUGGAUUUUUGGAGAACAUCACCCUGGCCCGCAAAUUCUAUACUCUAUACAAGCUGUGCGAGGAGCAGCUGACCAAACAAGUUCACUAUGAUUUCGGGCUGAGAAAUAUAUUGUCCGUGUUGCGCACAUUGGGCGCAGCCAAGCGCCGGAACUCUAAGGAUAGCGAGAGUACGAUUGUGAUGCGGGUCCUGCGCGACAUGAAUCUCUCCAAGCUGAUUGACGACGAUGAGCCGCUCUUCAUAUCGCUGGUGUCGGACUUGUUUCCCAAUCAGACUCUCGAAAAGACCAACUACCCUGAAUUGGAAGCAGCCAUACUACAGCAAACGGAAGAGGCUAGUCUGGUCUACCAUCCUCCAUGGGUUCUAAAGCUAAUACAGCUUUACGAGACGCAGAAUGUGCGACACGGCAUCAUGACCCUAGGUCCGAGCGGGGCUGGCAAAAGUACCUGCAUCCAUACGCUAAUGAAAGCCAUGACGCAGAUGGGCGAUUAUCAUCGAGAGAUGCGCAUGAAUCCGAAGGCUAUAACAGCGGCUCAGAUGUUCGGACGUCUCGAUGUGGCAACGAAUGACUGGACCGAUGGCAUCUUCUCGGCGCUGUGGCGCAAAACUCUCAAGCUGAAGGCUGGGGAGCACGUCUGGCUGGUGUUGGAUGGUCCCGUGGACAGUAUUUGGAUAGAAAAUUUGAACUCUGUGCUGGACGACAACAAGACCCUGACACUGGCCAAUGGCGAUCGACUGACCAUGGCGCCCACGGUUAAGAUCAUUUUUGAGCCACACAACAUUGAUAAUGCAUCGCCGGCCACGGUUUCCCGCAACGGCAUGGUUUACAUGAGCUCCUCCGGCUUAGACUCGCGGCCUAUUGUGCAGGCCUGGCUGAAAAAUCGGGCUCCUGGCGAGAAGGCGAUUUUCUCUCAGCUCUUCGAUCAGAACUUUGUCGAGGUCUACAACUGGGGUGCACAGAAUGUGAAGCUACAAAUGCCUGUGCUGCAGUGCAAUAUAGUGCAGCAGAUGCUGUUUAUAUUGGAGGGACUGAUCCCAACCAAAAAAGAGGAUGAGCAGGCUGUGAGCUUGUCCAGCAAGGAGAGUCAAGAUGAAAUUCCAGAGGAGAACGCCGUGGAGGAGAAGGAGGACACUUGUACGCCGGAGCAUUUGCACCGCUUGUAUGUAUUCGCGCUGGCCUGGGGCCUGGGGGGUUAUCUCUCGACUACAGAUCGCGUUAAAAUGAAUCUGUUCGUUAAGGAAACGUUUCCGCAGUUGGACUACCCGAAGGGUAGCGCCCAUGAGAAUACAAUAUUUGACUUUUUCGUUUCUCCAACGGGCGUGUGGCAGUCGUGGAAGACGCUGGUCACACCCUACAUGUAUCCGGAGCUUUCCACACCGGACUAUUUAAGUAUUCUGGUGCCCAUUGUGGAUAAUGUGCGUAUCGACUAUCUGAUCGGCACCAUUGCCAAUCAGGAGCGCGCCGUGAUGGUCAUCGGCGAACAGGGCACUGGCAAAACCGUCAUCAUGAAGAACUUCAUGAAGAAAAUGAACAUUGAGACCUAUAUGGGAAGGUCAUUCAAUUUCUCAUCGGCCACCAGUCCGUAUCAAUUUCAGCGCACAAUCGAAAGCUACGUGGAGAAGCGAGUUGGUGUUACGUUCGGGCCACCCGGUGGUCGUAAGUUGAUCGUCUUCAUUGACGACAUUAAUUUGCCCGAGAUCAAUGAGUGGGGCGAUCAGAUAACCAACGAGAUUGUGCGACAGUCGAUGGACAUGAAGGGCUUCUAUAGCCUGGAGAAGCCGGGCGAUUUCACCACCAUUGUGGAUGUACAAUAUGUGGCGGCCAUGGGUCUGCCCGGCGGUGGACGCAAUGACAUCCCAUCCCGUUUGAAGCGACAAUUUUGUGUAUUUAAUUGCAAUAUACCCGACAACGAUUCCAUUGAUAAGAUCUUCCGCGUUAUCGGUGAGGGUCACUACAACGCCAAGCGCGGUUUUGUGCCCGAGGUUCGCAAUCUGGUCAAGAAAUUGAUAGUGGUGACACGGCAUCUAUGGCAGCGCACACGAGAAAAGCUAUUGCCUACGCCAGCGAAAUUCCACUACGUCUUUAGUUUGCGCGAUCUGUCGCGCAUCUGGCAGGGCAUGGUUGGCACCUUAUCCACAGUGAUCACCGCGGAGAGCGUGCUCAUGUCAUUGUGGAAGCAUGAGUGUACGCGUGUAUUUGCCGAUCGUUUUACCACAUUCCAGGACAAGGAGUGGUUCGGCUCAGAGUUGGCAGCGCUAGUGCGCGAGGAGCUGGGUGAGUCCCAUUCCCAAAUGAUAAUACCGAAUCCGGUAUUUGUGGAUUUCAUGCGGGAUGCCCCCGAGCCGACUGGCGAGGAGGGCGAGGACACUGAUAUGGAAUUACCCAAGGUCUAUGAACCGGUGAACUCUCAUAACUCGUAUGAAGCGCUACGCGAGCGUCUCGUUAUGUUUCUCGCCCAAUUCAAUGAGAUGGUGCGAGGCUCCGGAAUGGAUUUGGUUUUCUUCCCAGAUGCAAUGCUGCAUUUGGUGAAGAUCUCCCGCAUCAUUCGGCAUCCGAGAGGCAACGUUAUGCUAGUCGGGGUCGGAGGUUCUGGAAAACAGUCGCUGACGAAAUUGGCAUCCUUCAUUGCCGGCUACAAGACAUUCCAAAUUGCGUUGACGCGUUCGUACAAUGUGGCCAACUUUUUAGAGGACCUAAAGCUGCUCUAUCGCACCUGCGGCGUUCAGGGCAAGGGCACAACCUUUCUCUUCACCGAUAUGGAUAUUAAAGAGGAAGGUUUCCUUGAGUAUCUCAAUAACAUACUCUCGAGCGGCGUCAUAUCCAAUCUCUUCUCGCGCGAUGAGCAGGCCGAAAUCGUGCAGGAAUUGACGCCGGUCAUGAAACGCGAGAAUCAACGCAAAACAGCGACCCCGGAGAGUGUGAUGGAUUUCUUUUUGGCGCGCACCUGCACAAAUUUGCACGUAGCUUUUUGUUUCUCACCUGUGGGAGAGACAUUUAGAUCGCGGGUGCAGCGCUUUCCCGCCUUGGUCUCCGGCUGCACCAUCGAUUGGCUGCAUCCGUGGCCCAAGGACGCAUUGGUCUCGGUUGCCAGACACUUUCUCAGCCACUUCGAGAUUGAGUGUACACCGGCCGUUAAGGAAGAGCUGGUUAAUGCGCUCGGCUCCAUUCAGGACAUUGUUGCGGAAACAUCGCACGAAUAUUUCCAGCGUUUCCGUCGCGCCACUCACGUGACACCCAAGUCUUAUCUGAACUUCAUUGCCGGCUAUAAAAACAUUUACCAGCUCAAGCAGCAAGAGCUGCGCGAUGGUGUGGAGAAGAUGGAUACGGGUUUGGAGAAACUGAAAGAGGCCUCCGCCUCGGUUGAGAUUCUAAAAAAAGAUCUGGUCGUCAUGGAGGAAGAGCUAGUCGAAGCCUCCAAGAACGCCGAAUCUGUGUUAGUCGAGGUCACUGAGCGUGCCAUGCAAGCGGAGAUAGUCAAGAAUCAGGUGCUCAUCGUCAAGGACAAGGCGGAGGCUCUCGUUGCCUGCAUUGCCAACGAGAAGGCCUUGGCCGAGGAGAAGCUUGAGGCAGCGAAGCCUGCCUUAGAGGAGGCUGAGAAUGCGCUGAAUACCAUCAAGCCAGCUCACAUAGCCACCGUGCGUAAGUUAGGUCGUCCGCCGCAUCUUAUAAUGCGCAUCAUGGACUGCGUGCUCAUCCUGUUUAAACGCAAGCUGCACCCCUGUAUACCCGACUCGGGCACACCGUGUCCAAAACCCUCCUGGCAGGAGUCCCUAAAGAUGAUGGCCAGUGCCACGUUUCUGCUGCAACUGCAAAACUACCCCAAGGAUACCAUUAACGAUGAGAUGAUAGAUCUGCUACAGCCCUACUUCCGCAUGGAGGACUAUAACAUGGACAUGGCUCGACGUGUGUGUGGAGACGUUGCGGGUCUGCUGUCCUGGACCAAGGCAAUGGGCUUCUUCCACAGCGUCAACAAGGAAGUGCUGCCCCUGAAGGCGAAUCUCACGCUGCAGGAGGCGCGCCUUAAGCUUGCCAUGGACGAUCUGGCUGGAGCCGAGGAGCAGCUGCGGGAGCGCGAGGAGGCGCUACAGGCGGUCAAGGAUCAGUACGACAAGGCCGUAGGCGAGAAGCAACGCCUCAUGGAUGCAGCCAAUGUCUGUCUGCGCAAGAUGACGGCAGCUACGGCGCUCAUCAAUGGCCUGUCGGAUGAGAAGCAUCGCUGGACCAACCAGAGCAAAGAAUUCAAAAUACAGCUAGGCAAGCUGGUGGGCGACGUGCUCCUAGCCACCGGAUUUCUAUCUUAUUGCGGGCCAUACAACCAGGAAUUCCGAGCUAAUCUGAUCAGGACGUGGAUGGGCAUACUCAAGCAGAAAAGCAUUCCGUUUACCACAGGCCUCAACAUCAUCAAUAUGCUGGUGGACUCCUCGACGGUAUCCGAGUGGACGCUCCAGGGUCUGCCCAAUGAUGAUUUAUCCGUGCAGAAUGCGCUCAUUGCGACCAAGUCGAGUAGCUAUCCGCUGUUGGUGGAUCCUCAGACACAGGGCAAGAUCUGGAUCAAGUGCAAGGAGGAUCGCAAUGAGCUUCAGAUAACCUCGCUGAAUCACAAAUACUUUCGCACACAUCUGGAGGACUCGCUAUCCCUGGGCAGACCGUUGCUUAUAGAGGAUGUGGGCAUCGAUCUGGAUCCGGUCAUCGACAAUGUGCUAGAGAAGAACUUCAUCAAGUCUGGCAGCAUUGAAAAGGUGUUGGUGGGCGAUAAGGAGUGCGAUGUGAUGCCUGGCUUCAUGCUCUAUAUAACCACCAAGCUGCCCAAUCCGGCAUUCAGUCCAGAGGUCAGCGCCAAGACGUCAAUCAUCGAUUUCACCGUAACCAUGCGUGGCCUGGAAGAUCAGCUGCUGGGGCGCGUCAUCCUAAUGGAGAAAUCCGACUUGGAAGCCGAGCGCGUGGCUCUCUUUGAGACGGUCAUGCAAAAUCAGCGCAACAUGAAGGAGCUCGAAGCGAACCUCUUACUGCGCCUGAGCUCCUCGCAAGGCUCCCUAGUGGACGAUGAGGCGCUCAUCGAGGUGCUGCGUGUGACCAAAACCACGGCAGAGGAGGUCAACCAGAAGCUAAAGAUCUCCGAGGUAACCGAACGCAAGAUAAUGAAGGCACGCGAGGAGUUCCGAGCGGUGGCCAAGCGGGGCUCCAUUCUGUACUUUCUCAUUGUCGAGAUGAGCAAUGUGAAUGCCAUGUACCAGAACUCCCUCAAGCAGUUCCUCGUCAUUUUCAACAACUCCAUCACCAAGUCAACCAAGUCAAGCGUCACCGAGGAGCGCAUUAACAUUAUCCUGCGCUACCUCACCUACGAGGUCUACAAGUUCACCAAUCGCAGUCUGUACGAGCGGCACAAGCAGCUCUUCACCCUGAUGCUGGCCAUCAAGAUUGACUACCACAAUGGGAAUAUCAGCCAUGAAGAGUUCUUAACUUUCAUUAAAGGCGGUGCUUCGCUUGAUUUGAACGCUGUGACGCCCAAGCCGUUCCGCUGGAUAUUGGACAUUACCUGGCUGAAUCUUGUGGAGAUUAGCAAGCUGGAGACCUUCUCGACAGUGCUGCAGAUCAUCGAGCUGAACGAGCGCGACUGGCGCAGUUGGUAUGAGUGUGAAAAGCCGGAGAACGAGGAAAUACCCUGCGGCUAUAACUCCGUACUGGAUAGCUUCCGCAAGCUGUUGCUAAUACGGUCCUGGUGCCCGGAUCGCACAAUAUCCCAGGCUAAGAAGUAUAUAGAGGAGUCUUUGGGGCCUGAGUACAGUGAGAUGCAAAUCUUGGAUUUGGAGGCAACCUGGGCUGAAUCCGAGCCACGUACGCCCUUCGUCUGCCUGCUGUCCAUUGGCUCAGAUCCGACGACCCAAAUCGGUGCAUUGGCCAAGCAGAAGGGCAUUACUCUCAAGUGCGUUUCCAUGGGUCAGGGCCAGGAGUAUCAUGCACGCAAAAUGAUCAUGGAGUCAAUGGCCCAUGGCGGCUGGGUCUUGCUGCAAAAUGUGCAUCUAUCGCUGCCGUUCUGCUCGGAGGUCAUCGAUAUGCUGGUGGAGACGGAGCACAUUGAUGACACCUUCCGCAUGUGGGUCACGACAGAGCCGCACUCCGAAUUUCCCAUUGGCCUGCUCCAGAUGGCGCUCAAGUUUACCAAUGAGCCCCCACAGGGCAUUCGAGCCAGUCUGAAGCGCAGCUAUCAGUCGUUUACCCAGGACUUUUUGGACUACACCUCAGCCACCCAGUGGCCCUCUCUGCUGUAUACCGUUGCCUUUCUGCACACCAUUGUCCAGGAGCGGCGCAAAUUCGGCCCGCUCGGCUGGAAUAUACCUUAUGAAUUCAAUCAGGCGGACUUUGCAGCCAGCGUGCAGUUCAUACAGAACCAUUUGGACGAAAUGGAUCCCAAGAAGGGCGUCUCGUGGCAAACGCUGGUCUACAUGAUUGGCGAGGUGCAGUAUGGUGGCCGAGUCACAGAUGACUUCGACAAACGCCUGCUGACCACGUUCACCUCGGUGUGGUUCUGCGAGCAACUGCUGUCCAACACCUUUGAGUUCUACAAGGGCUACAAGGUGCCCAAUACGAAGAGCCUGCAGGGYUUCAUCGAUUACAUCAAUAGUCUGCCCGCCUACGACACGCCCGAGGUGUUUGGAUUACAUUCAAAUGCUGACAUCACGUACCAGAUUAACUCGGCCAAAGGCAUACUUGACACCAUCCUGAGUGUCCAGCCCAAGGAGGGCGGCGGGGGAGGCGGCGAGACUCGUGAGAGUAUCGUCUAUCAACUGGCCGAGGAUAUGCUGCGCAAGCUACCCGCCCAGUACAAUGCGUACGAGGUGCGUGAGAAUCUGACACGCAUGGGCAUCCUGCUGCCAAUGAACAUCUUUCUCAGGCAGGAAAUCGAUCGCAUGCAACGCGUCAUCAAGCGCGUCCACACGUGCCUCUGCGAUCUGAAGCUGGCCAUUGAUGGUACCAUUGUGAUGAGUCCGGCACUGAAGGAGUCGCUGGACGCCAUGUACGACGCCCGCAUCCCGGAGACCUGGAUGAAGAUAUCCUGGGAGUCUACAACGCUCGGCUUUUGGUACACUGAGCUGCUGGAGCGCAAUGCCCAAUUUCGUACCUGGAUUUCGACGGAUCGUCCAAGGGUGUUCUGGAUGACGGGCUUCUUUAAUCCACAAGGCUUCCUGACCGCGAUGCGGCAAGAGGUAACACGAGCGCACAAAGGUUGGGCCCUCGACUCUGUUGUGCUGCAGAAUCAAAUAACGCGCUACAACAAGGAGGACAUUACCGAGUAUCCCACAGAGGGUGUAUACGUGCACGGACUGUUUCUAGAAGGCGCUUCGCUGGAUCGCCGCAGCGGCAAGCUGAUUGAGUCCAAAAUGAAGGUGCUCUAUGAACAAAUGCCGGUUAUCUACAUAUACGCCAUCAACACGACUGCCGGCAAGGAUCCCAAGCUGUACGAGUGUCCGAUCUACAGGAAACCACAGCGCACCGACCUCAAGUACGUGGGCUCCAUUGAUUUUGAGACGGACUUCAAUCCAAAGCACUGGACACUGCGCGGCGUGGCGCUGCUCUGUGACAUUAAAUAAAUACGGAGAGGGAAC